AUGUCCCUAACAUUUGGCGCCAUCUAUGGGAUCUUUGUGAUUCAGCAUGGUUCUCACAUGCCAAUUGUAACACGCUCAGUAGCAAGCCAAACGAUGGACGCCAGACUGUCAUCUAUGGAAGCGCGGCUAGCAAUAGCAGAGGAGAAGUUGAAACAAGUUCUGGAGGCCAUGGGAGUUUUGCAAAAAGAGAACGACGACUUGAGACGAAAGAACGCCAAUUCUAAUAAUGACGAUAUGCUCGCCCACAGUGAGCAAGGUAAGCAAGAUGCACAUUGCAAGGUUGAAAAGGAUGCUGAAUGCAAAGAGAAGGAAAGGAUGCAUGAUGAGCGGAAGGAUUUAGCAGGAAAAUAUGAAGAGAUGGCAAAAACGAUGGGCAGUUCUUCCUCGGUGGAAAGUCUGCUCCACCAAACAGACCUGCCGUACAGUGCCCGUAUUAUGGUUGUACCGCUCCCGCCAAAGUUUAAAGUUCCCCAAAUAGAUAUGUACGAUGGGUCCAAGGACCCAGUAGACCAUUUGGAAAACUUUAAAGCUCACAUCACGCUUCACGGUUUCCAAGGGAAGAUUGCAGGCCGAGCCUUCCCUCUGACCCUGAAAGGGACCGCUCGCAGAUGGUUUGGGACCCUUAGACCAAGGUCGAUAGACAACUUUGAGGAACUAGCAAAGCAGUUCUUGACUCAGUUCAUGCCUAGCCGAAGGCGUCGGCACCCAGCCGCCUACCUGUUAACGGUUAAGCAAAGGGAAGACGAGAAUUUAAAAGCCUACUUGGCUCAUUUUAACAAGGAGCGCUUAACGAGGAAUGACCAAUAUGAGAAGAUCACUUUGGCCGCCCUCUUAGAAGGGGUAUGGCCGCACAGUCCUUUCAUGGCGGAGUUGGCUAGAAGGACUCCUUCCACCCUCAGGGAGUUCAUGGACAGGGCUGAUGAUUUCGUCAAUGCAGAAGAUACUCUGCAGGCUUUGGUGAACCCUUGUAAAGAAGAUACUCAGGUUGAGCGGAGAAACAAGUGGGCUAAUAAGAAGAGUAAUCCCAGUAGGCAAGAAAAAGCGAGAGAAGGGCGAUCAGAACGUAACCUCAGAUUGGUACACAAUAAUCUGGACGUGCAGGAAGGAGAAAAAGAAAAGGAAAGCCGCCGCUCUGUCAAAACAGACGGUCGGUACUGCAAGUACCAUCAGAUGAGAUCGCACUGGACUGAGGACUACAAGACUAUGAGAAAGAGAGUCGAUGAGUUAGCAGGAACCGGCGAGUUGGAGCGAAUGGUCGCAGAGCGGUCAAAGCCUAAAAGGCGUCAGGAGGCUAGGCAAAAAGUAAAGCGAAGUUUCAAUCCGAAAAGAAGGCGCCAUGCCAGUAACCGCCAGGACAGGAGGGCGAGUCGAAAAGCGUAUGCACGGAAGGCAAGAUAUGAAGAGGUGUUCGUGGCAGAUAGAGCACACAAAAAACCAAAGCUUAGCAAUGAGCGAAUGGUGAUAUCCUUCGAAGAGGCGGACAGAGAAGGAGUUAUAUAUCCACAUGACGAUGCUCUGGUAAUAACCCUUGUGAUAGCCAAUUAUACAACAAGGCGGGUACUGGUAGACAAUGGGAGCUCGGCUAAUAUACUGUUCUGGGAGGCGUUUUUCAAAAUGGGGAUUGAUGUUGGAAGAUUGAGGCUCUCCCCUACGCCGUUAAAGGGUUUCUCAGGGGAUACCAUCUAG